AUGGCGGCUGCCACCACAGUCACAGUCGACCUCCAGCAGCUUCCUCCUUCUCCACCGGCGGACUUCUCCCACUUCGACAACCCUUUUCAGGAGGUGCUGCCGGAGAUACCUCCGACGACGUCGAGGAACACAUGUGGGUUAUUUCUAUUGGGAGAGGAGAUGUAUGAUUCUUCUUCUUCUUCAUCUUGCCUAUAUUGCAAUUGGGCCAAAACUCCCAUGGAAGAGCAGCUUUCUCCUCUUCUGUCGUUGGAUGAUUGGGAUGUUGAUGGGUUUUAUAAUGAGACCAUGCCGUUGCCGUCGUCGGCGCCAGCGCCGGAGGUUAGAGAAGAAAUGGAGCUCGUCAACUGCGACAAUAAUCCUUCUCCAAUGGUGUUGCUGGAGUUAUCCUCCGACGACGCGGCGGAGACAACAAUAACGAGCGUCCUUCUUUCCGCCGUCAACUCGGCGGUGAAUUUGCCGGAUAGACCUGGAGCUGAAGAAGCUGGCAGUGGCAAUUUACCUGUCAGGCGUUGGACCAAGGACGAACACAUGUUAUUUUUAUUGGGGGAGGAGAAGUAUGGGAAAGGAAACUGGAAAGAAAUUUCCACAAAAAUGGCGGUCACAAAAACAUCUACCCAGGUGACCAGCCAUGCCCAAAAGUACCACAAGUACAACCAAAACCCUAAUUCAAAACAGCGAAAUGGGAAGAGCUGCAUAUCCAAGUCUAGUAUUUUCGGCAUCACGGCCGUAGAUCCCCACUCUAUGGCGUGCCUACUUCGCCGUCGUGUUGCACCGGCCGCCAUUCAACCACCGUUGACGCUACCGCAGAUUCAACAAUUUACCAUUACCAAUUACUUUCCUUGCGUUUGA